UCCUCCUUUUCUCAUCCCCUUUAACCACGCAUGCGCGGUGGGCGGAGCCAGCUGUGAUUCUGACGGGAAGGUCUUUUUGUUUGGGCCGCUCACAGACUCGACUCUUGCUUCACUUCCCCUGGUUCACAACCGUUUUUUAUCUGCAUUAAUUUCGGUGUCUUUUAUGAAUAAUCAAAAGCAGCAAAAGCCAACGCUAACCGGCCAGCGUUUCAAAACGAGGAAAAGAGAUGAAAAGGAGAGAUUUGACCCUACUCAGUUUCAAGAAAGUAUCGUACAAGGCUUGAAUCAAACUGGCACUGAUUUGGAGGCGGUUGCAAAGUUCCUUGAUGCCUCUGGCGCCAAACUUGACUACCGCCGGUAUGCAGAGACGCUCUUCGACAUCCUGGUGGCCGGCGGCAUGCUGGCACCAGGCGGGACGCUGUCUGACGACAUGACCCGCACCGAGUUCUGCCUCUUUACGGCGCAGGAAGACCUGGAGACCAUGCAAGCCUACGCUCAGGUUUUUAACAAGCUGAUCAGGCGCUACAAGUACCUGGAGAAGGGCUUCGAGGAGGAGAUCAAGAAGCUGCUGCUGUUUCUAAAGGGUUUCACUGAGUCUGAGCGCAACAAGCUGGCCAUGCUGACCGGCAUCCUGCUGGCCAACGGCAGCAUAUCCGCCUCCAUCCUGAGCAGCCUCUACAACGAGAACCUCGUCAAAGAGGGAGUUUCUGCAGCUUUUGCUGUCAAGCUGUUCAAGUCGUGGAUCAACGAGAAGGACAUCAACUCUGUUGCAGGCAGUCUGCGCAAAGUCGGCAUGGACAACAGGCUGAUGGAACUCUUUCCUGCCAACAAACGGAGCUGUGAGCAUUUUUCUAAGUACUUCACCGACGCCGGGCUGAAGGAGCUGUCCGACUUCGCCCGCAACCAGCAAUCCAUCGGCGCACGCAAGGAGCUGCAGAAGGAGCUCCAGGAAAUGAUGUCGCGUGGAGACCCUCAGAAAGAGAUCAUCACCUUCACCCGGGAGGAGAUGAAGAAGGCAGGCCUGUCAGAGCAGGGCAUGAUCGGCAUCAUCUGGACCAGCGUGAUGAGCUGCGUGGAGUGGAACAAGAAGGAAGAGCUGGUGACCGAACAAGCCAUCAAACACUUGAAGCAAUACAGCCCUCUGCUGAAAGCCUUCACCUCCCAGGGUCUGUCUGAGCUCAGCCUGCUGCUGAAGAUCCAGGAGUAUUGCUACGACAACAUCCACUUCAUGAAGGCGUUUCAGAAGAUCGUGGUGCUCCUCUAUAAAGCUGACGUGUUGAGCGAAGAGGCCAUACUGAAGUGGUACUCUGAAACCCACGUCGCCAAGGGGAAGAGCGUUUUCCUCGAGCAGAUGAAGAAAUUCGUCGAGUGGCUGAAGAACGCAGAGGAAGAGUCUGAAUCUGAUGAAGAGGAGGCAGACUGAAACCUUCAUCACCAGACGAGCUUUUCCUGUUUUUUUUUCUUUUUUGUUCCGUUUUGUUUUGUAGCAGCAGGAGCAGUAGAAUGUCUUGACCCUUCCUCUUCUACCUCCUGUUACUGAUUUCUCUCCACAAACACUCACCUCUACCACCGAAACGUUUCAGUAGUAUUUAAAGCAAACGGUCCUGGAGGGGAAUCUGAAGAACCAGGAAUUCUGCCCUCUUUUCUCGAUUCGUCUCCGACGCCUUCUGUAGUCCGGAUCCAAGGAUUCGAUGUAAUCUCAGCCUCUUGGUUCUGAAGCAGGAUUGGGUUUAUAUUUAAGGUAAAGCCUUGCGACUGCAAGGCUGACAAAUGUAAUCGGUCUUGCCAAAGUUAUUUUUUUGUCCUGCUUUAUUUUACUUUUUUUUUUUUCUUUUGGCAAAUUCAGUUUAUUUUUAUUUCCACUUUUUUCCCUGUUUCUGCUCAGUGCGUCUGAGGAAACGCCCCAACCGCCCUGUAAAACGCCUCGCCAGCUACCUGAUUAUCGUCAGUUUAUACUUUCUUUAAUCUGAUAUAAACCAAUUUGACUUUUUUAUGAAAUAAAGAUUAUUGAAACGCUA